UUCAGUACAGACACCAGAGAAAGAGAAUGUAAUACACUUCUAAAUAAUUGCACACCUGAUAUCAUAUUAUAGCAAAGGAAUCUUCAMAUGGAUACGUACAAGUUCUCCUGUUAAUUAAAGACAUGAAGAGCGAAYUAGUAACCUUGUGUAUGUUUUUCUAUGGUCUUGCGUAUUCUGUUCCAAGAUCGCUUCUCUAUAUGGCCACUGAGGAUAUCAUGUCAGGCACUCUAAUCCAGUCUUCUGURGUGRUGUUACUCUUUGGAUGUGUUGAAACACUAAGCACCGCAAGCUUACCCUUUAUAAUAAGGAAGAUAUCAUUUACAUGGGGUUUUGUUCUGUAYGCCUUAUUAUGGCUCAUUUCCUAUCUUCUUAUUGUCAUUGCCGAAGAUCCCAAGACCCGUCUUAUAGGAGUGGCCAUUUAUUUUGCAGCUGAUCUUUUAGCAAAUAUUUCAGUGAUAUUGCUGUCUGCUUGCUUCAAGGAAAUAGAAAAGUGCACAAGUGCAUAUUCAUGCGGUGCAACACUCUCGGCUAUAUUGAUGGGAUUCCUUUACACAGGAUCCACUGUUUGGUUAUGCCUUUCUCCGAGGAAAACCYUUAUCGUUUUUUUUCCGCUGGGGUUGUUGGCAAUUCUCUUCUAUGCAAUUCUAAACCACGGACCAUUGAAAAAGUAUCAGAGACCUCAAUCUGUAGAGUACACAYCGYUGCACAUCAAUGAAAACAAGAGCAUGUCAGUCUUCUCAAUGAUCUUCAAGAUUUCUCCUGCUAUGGGAUGUUACUUUGUUACUUACUUUACUUAUUUUCUCGCGGCAAAUUCUGUGCUCACAACUCUGGCUUUCCCGUCUGCACCAUUCCACGCCCGUGAUCAUUAUCAAUACUACAGACUUGCAGCUGACAUAGGAAUGUUUUUUGGUGGAAUGGAGAUGAUAAUGAUUUCGUACCUUUGUCCCUGCUGGAAGAAYAACAGUUCUCCGCGUUUACRCACAACAUCCAUUCUAGUUUUGUYAAGUGUUGCACUUCKGAUAUUUUACUUCUCAGCCUCCUGGUAUCGCUUUGUUCCCAGUGUUUACAUUAUUUUAGUGUUAAGUUUUAGUCACGGUGUGUUAUUUGGCUCCGUUGGUGUCAGGGGCCUUCUCCAUGCUGGCGAAAAAUUCGAAAACUCCAAGCUAAUGGGUACCGCGAUGAGCAUGUCCAUCGUUGCUGUUGGAUUKGGUCGUUCCAUAUCUGGAUUCCUAGGUAUUUUUACUGAGGAAAACUUGAGAGAGCAUUGUACAAACGAUCUAUUGUUGGGAAACUUUUGUUUAGCAAGAUUUUCUUUGAGCAUCGGGUGGUAUGAGAAUAUGCAAUGUUCUUAGAAGACAUCAAUUUAGACUCAAGAUCCGUGACUUUACCAGAUAAAUACUAAAGGAUAUAUUUUGUGUGAUUUCUAGAUCUGCUCAAAAUAAUCGAAUUUGUCAUACUUUUGCAUACUGUUUACGAUCAGUUUGCACCAUGUAUCUCAAAACUUAUAUUUACAGCAAUUUCUCCAAGAAUUUUAACGACUUUGAGUUUCA